AAAAUAAAAACAAACGGCUCUUGGUCAUACACAUCUGCGAAGCAUGAAUAAAAACUGUCUUCACAGUUCUCUUCAUUUUCUUUUAUCGAUCGAAAAUCAGCUAAAGUAAAAAAAAACUCUUCUUCUACACUCUUAUCUGAUCAGAUCAUCAAAAACCAAAUCAAGAUCCCCGCAAAAAUGAACGACGCAGAUGUAUCGAAGCAGAUCCAGCAGAUGGUAAGAUUCAUCCGCCAAGAAGCGGAGGAAAAGGCUAACGAGAUCUCAGUUUCCGCUGAAGAGGAAUUCAACAUCGAGAAGCUCCAAUUGGUGGAGGCGGAGAAGAAGAAGAUCAGACAAGAGUACGAGAAGAAGAAGAAGCAAGUCGAAAUUCGAAAGAAAAUUGAGUAUUCGAUGCAGCUUAAUGCAUCUAGGAUUAAGGUCCUUCAGGCUCAAGAUGACGUGGUUAAUUCAAUGAAAGAGGCGGCAUCCAAGGACCUUCUGAAUGUGAGCCGUGAUCACCAUGUGUAUAAAAAUCUUUUGAAAGAUCUAAUUGUUCAGAGUUUGGUCAGACUGAAAGAGCCUGCUGUCUUACUUCGUUGUCGCAAAGAUGAUGUGCAUUUGGUGGAGUCUGUGCUGGAUUCAGCAAAGGAGGAAUAUGCUUCUAAAGUGAAUGUUCAUCCACCAGAGAUAUUCAUUGACCAUGUCCAUCUUCCCCCUGGUCCUUCUCAUCAUAAUGCUCAUGGUCCUUUCUGCUCUGGAGGUGUAGUGUUAGCAUCCCGAGAUGGAAAAAUUGUGUGUGAGAACACCUUAGAUGCACGGCUGGAUGUUGCAUUCCGUAAAAAACUUCCAGAGAUCCGCAAGUGGCUCUUCAGUCAGGCUGCCGCUUGAAGGGGUAGUAUUGUAUUGUUUUCUCAGCAGCUUUGGUCAUUGAGCCAUAGAGCAUAGCGUGAAUUUGUUUGUUCAUGUAUUUGUCAUUUUGUUCUCCUCCCCGGAUCGUUUGUUAUUAAAAGUUAGUGAAACUGAUAUCUUUAAUUGGUGCGUAUAUCAUUUUGAGGGAUGGUUGAAGUACUCUUUUUAAAUAAUGAAUAAAUAUGAAGUGUUUUCAGUAGCA